UCCGUAUUGAAUUCUUUCUGCGUCUUCCUUCAUCUUUAUAUUUAAUCCCUUUAGGAAUCGCUGACAGGAGGAUGGCCGAUCUCCAAGACCUCUUCAAUUCCCCCCCUCGUCCUCCUCCUCCUCGCUCCGUUCAUUCCCUCUCCCCUUCGACUCCCGCACGCGCGACGCGUCCAAACCAAACUCCACUCUUCUUCUCUCCCGGCCUGUCUCCAGGCUAUGAACCGGGCGGCAGGGAAACGUCAGGGAUUGGCGCCGGGGCUCGUGACAUUUCUAUUUUCGGACGAUCCCCAUCCCCUGCGGCGGGACCGCAGGUGAUAAGGGUGGAAGAACAAAGGGAGCAAGAUGCUACGAAUGGGAUUGUCCGUAUUCGACAAGCGGUCAAUGUUCUUCCCGCUGACGGCUCUGCCUUUGGCGAAGGUGGAGCCGGGACGUUCCCCGUGGGUACAGCAGGAGCAACAGGGGGUGGAAGGGGAGGAGAAUGGAAUAAUGGGGUGUUUGUCAAUAACAGUGUUAUCCACGAUCCAUUGGCCGGUUUAGGAGGGGAUGAUGAUGAGGAUAAUGAGGAAGGGGAUGGUAUUGGGAGGAAAAGGGUUAUUGCGAAAGUCGAUGCUGAUCGCCUCCUCGGCGAAAAUGGCAUCCCAGCUCUUUGCCGCGCCGCCAAAAAAUUCAAACCACGGGGUAAAGGCCGUGAAGCCGACGACCUCCGCCGGGUGCUGAACAUGUACCAAAUGUGGGCGCACGGCAUGUUUCCAAAAGGUGAUUUUGCGCAUACGAUGCAUCGGACAGAGACCGUUUGUAGGUCCAGGCGGAUGGAGUCCGCAUUGUCAGGAUUUAAAGACGCAUUCAACCCACGUCCACCUACACUACCUCGGGAAUUCUCAAACUCUCCUCAGGCUUCUCCUUCUCGCUCUGGUUCUCCCUCUCGUGCCCGUUCCACCUCUCCCGAUUCCAACCCCAACCCUUUCCGCGUCCCAACAUACGCCACCACCGCCCAUCCCAACAUGAGAGAACCACUGUUCAACCCCGCCGAUCCAGAGGAUGAGCCUAACGAUGGUCCCGAUAUGGAAGACCUCUUGGCGAUGGAGGCAGAGAUGGCUAUGGAGGCUGAGGCCGCUGCGGAGGCUGAGCGGGCGGAGGCGGAGGCCGGUGCGAGGACAGAGGCAGGGGGACAUGGGGCAGAAAUAGGAGCUACGGAAGGGGAAGAAGAUGAGUUUGGAGGGUUGUACGACUAGUUUUGAGACAUUACUUGGUAUAGAUCGUAGUGUCAGGCCAAUGUAUAUAUUUAUCGCCAAC